AUGUCCGCCAGCCAUAUCGCCUCCCACCGGAACAGCACCCCCGAGGGCUCGAGCUCGCUCCGCCCGCCCAACGCCCGCUCGUCGCUUGGCGCCGGCCACCAUCUGCGCGCCUCUGCUGACAUGAGCGGCUUCUCCUCUCCGCUCGCGAACCGCGGCAUCCGUCCCGCCUCGGAGAUCUACUUUGGUCGCCAGAACACGCAGUCGGGCAACCCCGACGAGAUGGAGCGCGCCGCCCAGCAGUGGCUGGCCGACAUCGACCAGUACGAGACGACGCUGGAAGAGAUGGCCACGGCCACCAUGGACCAGGACUUCAAGGACGAGCUGAGCGCCAUUGAGCAGUGGUUCCGCGUGCUCAGCGAGGCCGAGCGCACGGCGGCCCUGUAUGCGCUGCUCCAGCAGACAACGCAGGUGCAGAUCAGGUUCUUCAUCCAGGUCCUACAGCAGAUGUCCAAGAGCCUGCCCAUGUCGGGCGUGCUCUCUCCUGCCAACUUUGGCGAGAAGGACCCCAUGACGCAGAAGCUGAGCGACGCCAUGAGCAAGCUUAGCACCGGUGAGAACCGCCACUCCAUGGUAGGCCGUCCCCCGCCGUCGCCUGGCGCGGGCAAGCGCAACUCGACCCUGGACACGUCCACCAUCCACCGCAUGUUCCCCGAUGCUGCCGCCGCCAUUGCCAAGCAAAAGGCCGACUUCACUGAGCACAUUGGCAUGCCUCCAGCCUCGAACCGCAACAGCACUGUUAUCGACCGUAACUCGAUGAUUGCCCCUACCAUCUCUGCCCCCGACGAGAACAGCAAGCGCGACAAUGCUCCUCCCGCCUCGCCCUGGAACGAAGGGCCCUCGGUAAACCGUCCCAAGUCAUCUGGCCAGCAGCAUGCGCCCAUGGGUCAGUUCACUGCCCCGCCGCCGUCUGCCGGUGGACUCCGCUCGCCUAGACUUCCCCUCCAGAGCGACAGCAGCAACGUGCAGACGACGACGCUCAAUGCGCUGGAAGCGAACUCGACAGCCAUGCCCCUGCUCUCGCCGGCCUAUGCUGGUGGAAGCUGGGCUUCUCAGCUGAGCACCCCCAUGGUCGCCAAUUUCAACCAAGCACCAAAUCAGGCUGAUAUGGUCGCCAACGCGACUGCCAUGAAGCUCGCCGCUCUGUCCACCGUCAACAAUCGCAUCCAGCUGGACGAUGUUCGUAAGUUCCGCCGUGAUCGUUCGUCGGAUGCGCCCGGAGCUGGAAAUGCUCCGCUGUCGCCGGGCCUGCCCCACAUGGGCAAUGCCAAUCUUCUCAUGACCAACGACCUGGGUCAGGUGCUGACUCCGCAACAAGCGGCAAUGCUCCAGGCUCAGCAGCUGGCUGUAAUGAACGGUCAACGCUCUCGACCCAAUUCUCCUGGCUUGGCUAUGCACGGCCAGGGGAUGGGUGGCAUGGGCAACUUUACGUCGCCGCAAAAUAACGGCUUCCUGGCUGCUGGUUAUGGUGGCAAUGGCCUCAUGAACAAUGGAAUGGGCGCAAUGAACAUGAACCAAUUUGCUAUGGGAAUGGGUAACGAUAGCCAGUACAUGUCAGACAAUGGCGAGAUCAACCGUGGGCGCUCUCCACGCGGUCGUCGCGGCAGCUCCAAGCCCCCGGAAGAUCCCACCGACCCAACCCUUCUCCAGGAUAUUCCAAACUGGCUCCGUAGUCUCCGUCUGCACAAGUACACUGAUAACCUCAAGGACAUGAAGUGGCAGGAUCUUGUCGAGCUGGAUGACGAGGGCUUGGAGAAGCGCGGAGUCAACGCUCUUGGUGCGCGCAGGAAGAUGUUGAAGGUCUUCGAGCAAGUCCAAGAAGCUAAAAACGACGGCAAGCUACGAUAG